AAAUUAUUAAAAUGAAAUAAAUUUCGUAGAUGAUAUUUAUAAUCGUAACACCAUGUAAAUGUUUCGCGAUGUUUGCGUGGAGCAACUUAUUUCGGGCAAUAAUAUGAUGACGGUGUUUCGCUUAUAAAUAGUUUUCUAUGUAUUACAUUUACGUGCAAGGUUGUUUUAACUAUAGAUGUGCUGUUUCAAACUCAAACUACACAAAAGUAUUUAUCCAGAUGUUACAUUCCUCUAUUCGCCUUAAAGAAAGAAAGAAUUGUAGUAAACCACUUAUAGAUUUCGUUGAAAAUUGUUCAAGUGAUCCAUAUACUAUUUUAUACCUUUCCCCUUACGCGGAAACUUUCGUCAAGAAUGAUAUCCUCUUUAAUAUGCAACUUUUUUAUGCAAUUAUUCUUAUUUUAUGAAAAACAAAUUUGCAACUUUACUUUAUUGUAGAUCUUUUAUUAUUAAUACAUGUCAAUAAUUAAAUAAAAAUUCAUGAAAUGAAAAGAAUUAUUAGUGGAAUCUGUACAACGAAACAAAUCUUGGUUUUAUGUCAAAAACCUAAAAAUAAAUUUUUAACAGAAAAAUUUGUAGAGAUUUGGUUCUUUAUUUUAAUAUCUAAUUAAUAUGAAUAAUUGAAGAAAAAAGGAGAGGAAUAAUUUAGAAAUAAAUAAUUAUUAUAAAUAAGCACGAACCAAUAGCUUUUUUUAUAAUGAUUUAAAAAAAUACUAUAAAUCUAUUGAAAAAGAAUACACUUGUAACGUUAAUGUAAAGCAUUACAAGUUUGAGAUAUAUAGGUAUAUUUCAUUCGAAGAUUCCAAAUUAUUAACUCAUAUGAAUCACUAUAAACUCGUUGCCCAUGAAAAUCGUCAUUGUUUGUUUGUAACGCCACUUACGAUUCGAUUUACAAGAAAAGAAAUGAAGUAAAAUGGAACAAUACAAAAUUUGUAAUUCUUUGUAUAAAAACAUGAUAUAAAAAAUUAUCAAUUUUAUUAAAAAGGAUUAUUAUCUUUUUAUUUUUAUCUAUUUUCUUAUAUAAUCGGAAUCUCUAUACCGGAAAUCCUGUCAAAAUUUAAUUUGUUCAGAAAGAGACACGAGGAUACGAAACGUGAUUAAUUCCAUAUUUUCAUAGUCCCAUUUUCCAUUUCCUUAGCAUUCGCGAAUAAAGUUUGAGGUUUAUUGAAGAUGUGAGUAUUAAUAAGUAAUAUUAUUAAUUAUACUAAACGUUAUUCGUGAAACUUAUAUUAUUUUCAAAUUUAUACUUAUAUUACUUAAUACAUUAAUUUAGAGAAAAAAUAUGUCAAUGUUAGAUUUAAAAAUAACGUGUUCAUAUAAAACUGUAAAUAUGGGACGCUCAUACAAAAAAUGUAAAGUACGUAGAGGCAUGUUAUUUUACCAUUUGGUGCAAUCUCGUAAAAACAAUUUAUGGAGAAAAAUAAAAUAUCCAAAUAAAUGUGACAAAAUUAACAAAGCAUUGUUGAAGGUAUACGUAGACCGUACGUUAAAUAAUACACGUAGUGAGAAGGUUAAAAGACAACCAAAUAACUCUAAAGUACCAUGUAGAAUAAUAUCAGUAGUAUCUUUGGAAACAGUUAAAAACCUAUGUGUUCCUAGAAUGGAAGAUUGGAAAGAGGAAAAUGUAGCAAUCUAUGAUCCUUGGAGAAGCACUGAGGAUAGAAAUAUUAUACGAAGCUUAGUAGGAGGCACAAAAGCAGAAAAGAAGCAAUUUAGAUUAGCUGAACGACAAAGAAUCCAAAGUCUUGAAAAAAGAGGUAUAUUGAAUUCAAAUCAAAAAACCAGCUUUAUAUAUAAAACAUCAAAGAAAGUUGUAGAUAUUACACAAGUUGUGGAUGAUUUGAAAAGAUUAUACCUAAAUAAUUUAAAAAAUAUUGAUAUUAGUACACUGGAGAAUAUUGAUAUUAAGAAACUAUCUAUAAGCAACAUUGAUAAAAAGAACACUUCUGUGGGGAAAGAUGAUAAGGCAGGAGUCAUAGAACAGGAAUUAGUACAAAAAUUCAAAAAAUUGAUGCUUUAUCACUUCACAAAAUAAAUUUUUUAAAGCUGGCAAACUAAGAGAAUUUUAUUUAAGAAAGUGCAUAUUUCCUGAGACACCCUUUAUAUAAAAAUUGCCUUAAUUAUAAAAUUUACAUUCACCAUAUUUGUGUAUUUUACUGUAUGUAUGAUACACAUAUGUACACUUUGGGAACUGAAAU